AUGAAGUUUACAGUUUCUGAGGGCCGACUCUUGGUGAAAUUACCCGGACCCUCUGCGUUUAAGGUCUACUGGGAGGUGCACAAGGGCGGUGUGACAAGAAAAUCCGGAGCACCAAAUCCCAAUGCCACGAAGGUGAAGCUUCCAUUCGCUCUGGACACCUACCGAGUCUAUUUCCCUGGCACGUACAUCCUCGACCACCUAGGGAACUUGAAAUGUGCACGAGAGCUGUUGAUUGUUUGUGGCAUUUGCUUCGAUCAUUCCUUUGACAAGGAGAGUGAUGCUGCAGAGCAGGGCGAUGGAGUUCCUCAAGGCUGCAAGGACGUUCGGGCCAAGUCUCAGAAUUUCCUGGCACCGUCAGAGAUGCCUGAGGAAUCCUCCAAGAAGGCGGAAGCAUCCGAGACCAUGGCGGCCGACGCGCCGAAAUGGGCCCCUGCUCCUGAUAAAUCUGAGGUGGAGGCGGCGAAGCCAGAGGCAUUCGACAUCAGCAGCGAUUCGGAUGAGUCCGAGGUGCUCAACGGACAGGCCUAUUCGAAGAUAUAA